UGUUUUGUGUGCGUGUUUUCGUCAGUCGCUGUGUCCGCCGAAAAGUUCAAGGUCUCUCGGGCCACGAUCGAACUCGCCUUGCCCGCCCUCAUCGGUCCUGGCGACAGCUUCCUCCCUCCCUUCUUCAUCAGCCCGUCUGUCGUGUGCAUUGUUCAUUUGCCAGCUAGUCUGAUUGGACUGGAGCUUGGCUGCGGAGCUUGCUCGACCAUGAAAUCCCAGCUCUCCUCAAUCCUUCUUUCUCUCCAGCAAAGAGUUUCUCUUCGCUCACUCCUCCUCCCCGUUAAUUAGAAGUGAACGCUUCUCCUAGGCUCGGUUACCUACGUCUGUUGUCCACGCGACGAACGGUGGAGUACAAGAGAGAGAGAGGGAGGGAAGAAGGGGUUGCAUUGCCACCGACAGAGGUCGCUAGCUGCGUUUCGUCAGUCAAGGUGGCGGCGCAUGCACACGGCGUCAGAACAUCCCCACAUCCCCACAAUCCCCCUCCCCAACCAAGAAGAAGGGGGAAGUACUCCAGGAACGCCUGUUGGUACGCGGCAGAGCAACCCUCAUCCACCCACCUCUUCCAUUCCGCUUGUCGGUAACGGCGCGGCGUGCUGGAUGCCGUGCUGGGGUCAGAUGUUGUCGUGUCGCUGUUUGCUGCAGUGCGUCGUGGAGAACAACCCCGACGUUGGUGCUUGUUCACGAGUUCAAACCCUGCCGAUGACGAAGAGAUCGAGGACAGAGACAAGCAAUCUAGUGACAGUCUUUACAUGCCCUCGUUAGAUGAGGACGAUGAUGGUCUUGGAGUCGCGGCGACCACGCAGCUGGUCUUCUCACAAUAAGUGCUGAUGUUGUGAAGGGGAAAACAACGGACGCACGUGCUGAUGCUCAGCGCCUCCCGAAAGAAGCAAGCCUGGCGUGACGUCACUCUCCGAGGGGAAAGACUUGACAGAGGUUGUCGCUGCUGUCAUUCCACACAACACCAUUCUCUCCAUUAACUGAGCAGAUUUGUCAAAGACUGACAUCGAUAACUACGAAAAGAACUCAUAGGGAAGAAACAAAAAGGCAUCAUGGUGAAUCAAGACGGCUUCUGAUUGCUUUUAAUCUCCUUCCACCUCAUUUUCUCAAAGAAUCCGAGGUGAGAUCUUUCUACAGGUCAGCUCAGUGUCUUGACAACUGCUGUCACGUGUGUUGUUUCCGAUGCCUCAACAGAAGCUGUAUCGUCAAGUGAUGCAUUUUGACAACAGGCAGACGUCUACCCCCCUCUAGCCUUGCAUUCUUAUUGGCUGUAACUUCCGGACGUUAAAACAAAGACUUAAAUCUUCAAAAGGCGUCUUCGCUCUUUCCCGCCCGUUAUCGUUGCCAUGGAGACCGCUGUUCAAAGCCUCCCGCCAGGUAAUGGCGACUACAGCGUGCUUAACGUGGACCUAGCCCACGGAGAAGUGAAGGGGGCCGCCUCCAUGGGGCCUCCCCCCGUCGGGUCGGAGGACGAUCACGUGAUGUUCACCUUGGAGACGUUCGUGACGAUGAUGACGACGAUCGUGUGCGUAGUCGGCAACGCCCUCAUUCUGGUUGUCGCCUCCUGGACCAGCGCCUUCGACAACUUUAACCGCUGCUACCUGUACUCGUUGACCUCCGCUGACCUCCUCAUGGGCCUGUUCGUGACCCCCUUCUGUAUCUUCAACACCAUGUAUGGAAAGUUCAUCUUCAGCUCCGACAUGUUCUGCUGCGUGGAGGCUUACUUGAUGACCCUCUUCAUCAUGGUGUCCAUGAUCUGCAUGACGUACAUGAACGUCGACCACUACGUGGCGGUGCGAAAGCCUGACCGUUACGGCGUCAUGAUGUCCUUCAACCGCUCCCUGUGCUGGAUCGUCCUCACCUGGAUCAUCGCCACCUCCUUCUGCUGCCCACCGCUCUUCUCCAUGCAGAGGGCGUUCUACUACCGCGAGGCGUUCAUCUGCAUCAUCGACAGCCGCUACCAGCAGGCGUACUUCAUGACGGUCAUGCUGCUCGUCACGCUGCCGGUCGUCGUCGCCAUCUUGGUCACCAGCCGUUAUCUCUUCACCACCGCCUUCCAGGACCAGAAAAAGUUCUACGUGAAAGUGUACGAGGACUUCUCGGAGCGUUCCUGGAACUACUACAUCAGCUUCGUCAUCAGUUCUCUCUUUCUGGUCACGUGGCUGCCCUUCACCGUGGUACGCCUCAUCGAGCACAACAGCCAAUGGCGGCGCGAGGACAUCCCACGUGAGCUGCACUUCUUCAUCGUGUGGUUCGGCCUCAGCAACUGCUUCACCAAGUUCCUCGUCUACCUGCUGAUGAGUCCGCGCUUCCGCAAGGGUCUGCGAGAGGUCUGCGGUCUGGAGGAGCCGCGCGAGUACGCGCUGUGCCAGACGCAGUGCAACAGCUCCGAGUCCAUCAGCUCCAACAUCAUCAUCGACCCCGUGCAGCCCAAGUAGCUGACAACGUCACUUCCUGUCCUGCGCACUGGAAACUUCUUCCGGUGUCGUGGCGGUUUCUUUUGGGCACCAAACUUACAGACUAACACCUUGAGGUUCCAGAAUCUGUUUGUCGGCGAAAAGUGACUGAGGAAUUAUCUUUAAUAUACUUUAUUCCGGAAACUGGCGACAAGUCAACAAAAAUCGAGAUGUUUAUGAAGCUUUGUGUCCUAGCAACAGUGCUGAGGGCACUGAUCCAAACAUUGUAAGGAGAAGAAAUACUGUUUAUUUCUGAGCUAGAUACAUGUAACAUGUUAAUUACAUAUAAUUACACAUAUCCAGGGCGAAAAAUAAAUGAUAAACAUCUUCCACUUCCCACUGAUAACUCAUUCAAUAACUUUAUGCAUGCCAAGCUUAAAAUAGUAUUAUACAUCAGCACUCGUCCUGAAAAUACAAAAUUAAUCUCUCUCAAGUUAAGGAUUCAUUUUCUCUCCCUAUUUCUGAAUCCACCUAGUGUUUGCGGCACAGAAGAGUGUCUUGUUAGUGUAUGUCUAAGCUUUCCAUAUUACAACACUUUUUAAUAUUGAAUUUCAUAUUAAUAAUGACAUUAUUACUAUUAUUUAUGCUUUACAUGUACUCUUAUUAUAAGAUCUUUACAUAUCUGCAAAUACGCGGAUGUCAUAAACCAGUCUUUUGCAUCUUGUUAAGCUCGGCGAGUCACAGCACUUUCUAAAUUAAUGUUUAUUUACAUUCUAGACAUAUUGUCACAUAUCACAGUGAUGUCUUCUUUGUACAGUAUACCUCACACGAUUUUGCUGUUCAUCUGUGUGCCAUCCAUCAGUUUGUUAAUUACUGGUAAUUGUGAUACGAUGCUGGUUCAAUGAAAUUAAAGACGCUUAAAUACAUAUAUAUCCAAUAAGUGCAUCAAGUGAUGUAGAAUCUACUAAGCUUAUUGAGGGCUUUAGUACCUGUGUCUUUGAACUUUGCCACCAUGUGUCUCAGUGUAGUGGGCUUCAGUCUACAUCAACACACAAACAUAUCUUGCCAACAGUCGUGUCGUCCAGGUGACAAGUCUUGCCAUUGCACGAUGAGUCAUUCUGUACUUAUUGUUUUACAUUACAAUAUGCCUUUCGUUCAGCCUCUACAAAAGAAUGGCUUUUAUUUUGUUUGCUGUCAUCGACAUUUUAAAAUAGAGUAUUCGACAUGCAUAGACUUUUAAAAAAAUAUUAUCCAUUUGUCCUGGUGGCAUCAUCUGAAUGUGAAAGUCACGUGCAGUGGUAGACUUCCGCGGUUUGCAAGAGUGCACUUCGGGAACAAUCCUUCCAACCAUUAUUGUUGCAGCUGCUAUCGACAUCAAUCAGUCGGAUGCCGACAAGCCAUUCUUGUGCCAGACUUCAGUCCAUCGAUCAGACCAAUUCACCACCAGCGAUCUGCGCCCAGAGAAAUAGUUCCAUGGCUUUGCCUGCGCAGUGAGGGAGACGUGGUGAGGAGACGGGCGAGGGUGGGGAAGGGAUGCCGAGGGAAAGGAAGACGGAAACAGCCGCUAGGAUGGGAGACUAACAAAUGAAGAACAUGUCGACAUCGACAGGUCGGUGCCUGGCUUGGUGUAGGCGUCCAGUCGGCCGCCCACUCGUGUCGACAGCAAUUAAACUGGAUGCUUGUGACAUUGCCUGGGUUCCCCCCGAGGGUUGGUACUUAACCAAAUCAUUCUCGCAUGCCAGGCGAAGCUUUAAUGAUCGAAGCUAUCUGACUUCAGGAGCAAUCAUUACCCUGGUCUCCAUUUUUUUAGUCUUGAGUAUGCGUUAGCUAACACGCAAACACACACACUGAAAUAUGCACACGUGCUUCAUAUGAACAUUGAGACCGUAAUCUAGUUUGUUUUUUGUUGUCUACUUGUUUUUUACUCUUUCGCAAUAUUAAUGCCUACAGCGAAUCAACCAUAAAGCAUUACCAUAUUAAUUAUGGGUGGAAUAGGUUUUGUUAUCAGAUGAACGAUGAGCUAGAAAUGUUAUCGUGAUAAUAUGUUGCAUUAUGGCGCGGUCGUUGCAUUGUUUUAAACUAUUGGUGUUAAACUGCUUUCAUGUGGAUGAGCGCCUAACGCAAGUGGCUGUACAUUUUGUCCCCAUGGAAUUAAAUGGGUUUUCAUUAUGCAGUAAUACUGUUGCUGGAAGUGUUGCUAAGAGGAUGAAUGUAAUGUGCUCCAUUGCUGGGGGAGAGGUGGUAAAGGGAAAACACUCGUGUCAGAAGACGCUAAAAGGUUUAAAUCAUUGAUUUAACUGCUGAUUGACUUUUAUCAAAUUCUGUGAAGACAAAACAAACCUUACGAAUUCAUUUAAUUAAAACUGGGUUCUUG